GACGACAAGUGGUUCGUUUCAUCAUGUCGUCUUAUCGCUACUUCGUCGCAAAAUGUAGCAAUUACGACUCGCUACGGAGAGGAGUUGACUCAAAUGUAUGGGCAGCUCCAGAACACAAGAAUGAUCCUCAACCUCAUCUCGUUCUCUCGACAGCGUUUUCUACAUGCAGUCAAGUCAACAUACUUUUCAGUGUAAAUGGCAGCAAAGGCUGGCAGGGGCAUGCUGUUAUGAAAAGUUUGCCCUUUGCGGCAGACGAAUUGAAAGAUGAUGGUGAAUGUUGGCACAGAUUUGAAAUAGAGUGGGUGUGCUUGUCAAAACAUUAUGCAAUGGUGUGUCUGCCAUUUAGUCAGACCGAAGAUUUGUUGAAUUCACUGGACUUUAACAACUCAGUCAACAAAGCUCGCAACUGGCAGGAAAUGCCAUCUUCAUGUGGUGAACAGUUGUGUGCUCGACUGCAGACACACAUACAACAGGAUGCACAGAAAAGAGAAAGGGAUGCACUAAAAGCAAAAGAGCAAAGACCGCCUCCUUUUCUUUCUAUUGCAGAGAGUGAUAUGCAAGAUACCGGACGUGUGUGGCAAAGCAUGAAUGACAAAGUAGAACAAUAUGGCAAAGUCGUACUUGCUUGUGCAUUUGGAAGUCAACGAUACAAUCUUCAGACUCUAAACAGUGACCUAGAUAUGUAUGUUGUGUAUAUGGCUGACACUAGAAAUCUUUUGUCAUUCAAUUCUCCCCCACGAACAAUUAAGAAUCGUGAAGAUGAAAAGCCUGACUUUACAAUUCACGAGUUGUUCAAGUAUUGUGAGUUGUUAGUGGCUGGAGAUCCUCGAACAGUUGAAACCCUCUUCUUACGCGACACUUGUAUCUAUUAUGCCUCAGACACCUGGAAAGAACUGAAACAGAGCAGAGACUUGUUACUGAGUCGAGUGUUGGUGGACAAGUACUUGAGUGAUGCGCUAGGUGAACGUGGGUUAAAGAAGAUGCAAAAAUGGCAAGCAAAGGAAAUUAAAGAUGACAUGUUGGUGGCUCGCAUGAACAAAUUGUUCUACAUCAUUCUUCGCUUACUGUUUCAUGCAAAACAAGUUGCCACUGGUCAGAAAUAUGAAGUGUUUUAUUCUCAAGAGUCCAGUGAACAUCAAAUGUUGCAAGCAGUCAGAUCAGGCCACAUACCUCAUGAACAGCUUAAAGACAUCAUAAAAACUUUGACAUUUGAGGUGCAAUCUGCUCUGAAUUCUGAUGAGUGUCACCUGCCAAAGACCUCAGAUGAAACACAUGUUGAGAAAUGGCUUGUUAAACAAAGAAGAGACAACUUGUUGUCUGACCCAUAUUUUGUAACAAUUACAUGAGUUGAUGAAAUUUAUAUAAAUGAAUAUGAAUAAAUAUCAAUGUCAUAAAAUGCAACUUAAAUAAAAACUUAUCACAUACUCAGUAUACAUAGAACGUAUCUUCUUCUAACAAUCACAAUCCAAACUACUGAGUUGUGACUUUCUUAGGUUCAAUAACUUCAAGUUCAAUUUCUAACUGUCUAGCAAGUUCUGGUCCCAUAAUUUUGAUGAGCAAUUCCAAUGUGUGGA